UGAUUCGAAGCCAUUCAGCUUUCGCGUGUCUUAAGCUACUCCGUUUUUUCUAUGUCUUUUUCUACGUCUUUUCUACUUACCUCAUAGAUUAGUCAUGCGACAGUUUUGCUAGAAGUAGGCUCUUUAACAAUACUCGCAUAAUUUCUCCAUUUGAUAUUCCGUUACAGAUAUGAACGAAGAAAUGUCUAUUCGUGUGCUUACUCUCCAAUAUACUGAAGGCUAUACCGCAGCAGAUUUCUAUAAGUAUGGGCGAUGAUUAAUUUUUUAUUUUAUAAGCGAUUCUAUUUCUAUUAUUUAUUAUAUACCUCAUGGAUGUGAUUAGCAGUAUCUUCUAGCAUAAUUCUAAAAAUAACUUCGCUCGCAUAACGACUUAACUCUGAUCUAACAAUAAGUAUUACGUCUAACGUGCGUGCUAAUUGCGAUUCUAAAAUUAAAUCUCAUGCGUGCCUUGAUUUCAUUUUUCCCAAGCUGAGUGAGAUUUCCUUUUUAGAAUCGUUUGCAUAAAUUGCACAAAUUAUUACAUCGAGCGACAUUAGUGAGAUUAAUAAUGUUAUAAGUGAGACAAACAGUGCAAUAUAAGUCAGAUCACAAAUAGAUUUGUAUUAUAUAUUUUAUAUAUAAUAUAUAACUAGGAGCUAUAAAAACAAAAGCUUAUAUAUUUGAAACGAUAAUAAGACUAUAAAUUGUUUUGUAUGAGACAAAAUAUAAAUAUAUACGCAUAAAUUAUAUGUAUUUGUACGAUUUAUGUUUUAUUUAUACAAUUUCGAUACACUUUUGAGAAGGAAAGUAAGUAAAAUGUACAAAAUGCGUAAAGAAAUAUAUUUAAGAAUAUUAGAUUUUUAAAUAUGUAUGUGCGUCGUGUAUUUACUGGAUUACCAACCUUCAGGUAUUAGUUCUAUAAAUUCUACAAUACUAGUUCCCUAUUAUAGUGAACAUUGAGCAACGGGAAAUAAUUGCAUUGCGUGUAUUAUCUCGUCAGCAUUAAUAAUUCUCUCUAAGUUGUGAUCGUUUGUUUUCAAAAAAUUGCGAUAAUAAAAAAAAGGGAGAAAUUUUCAGCAGUAAUGCAAGUAACAUAAGUUCAUUCCUUAGUACAUAUGUUCUGUGAUUCAUUCGACUUAACCUCUAAGCACAUGCAUCAACAUCGUCAGCUGUGAGCUGUCGAGCGGGGCUCCGAGUACGACUUGAUUUCUUACUGCGAAUUUUGCAAAUGCAAAGGAUAUCUGACGGACGAAUUUUGCAAUAGAUUGACAAGGACAUAUCCCGAAUCGAAUUGUCAUUUUAGUAAAUUAUACGAAUCGAUAGAUUUCCCUUCUUCUCGGAUCGAUAUAUUGUAUGAUGCUUUAAAAUGGAAUGUCUGUCAGUGAUAGAAUUGUAGUCGAGUUUCACAUAUUUUAAAUUUGUUUGUGAUUAUUCAAGAGAGAUCGAUACAACCUCAUUUCCGUGCUGUGUUUUCCAAAAUCACAAUUAUUCCGAGAUGUUGAGACUAUUGAAGUUGUCGAGGAAUUCACUUCUGAGAGGCGCAGCUUUACAGCAGCGUACAGUCGCGUAUCGUACCUUCCGAUCGUCGACGAACGCCACGUCGAGUGCGUUGCACUCGAGACAGAAGCUGACGCAGGAUGAACUGGCUAAAUUCAAGACGGGCGAAGUUCUUCACGGAUUCAUGGUGGACGAGAUCGCGAACAUAGACGAGCUGUUCCUCACCGCGGUGAGGCUGACGCAUUUGAGCACGGGCGCGCAGUAUCUGCACUUGGCCAGGGACGACACCAACAACGUGUUCUCCAUCGGGUUUCGCACGACCCCCAAGGACUCCACGGGGUUGCCGCACAUACUGGAGCACACCACUCUGUGCGGCAGCGAGCGGUAUCCCUGCAGAGAUCCGUUCUUCAAGAUGCUGAGAAGAUCCCUGGCCACGUUCAUGAACGCCAUGACCGGGCCGGACUACACCAUAUAUCCGUUCUCAACGCAGAACUUGAAGGACUACCGUAAUCUCCAGUCGGUCUACUUGGACUCGGUCUUCAAGCCGAAUCUGCGAGAGCUCGACUUCCGACAGGAGGGAUGGAGGCUGGAGCACGCAGACGUCGACGACAAGAGCUCGCCCAUCGUAUUCAAGGGGGUGGUGUUCAACGAGAUGAAGGGUGUCUUCAACGACAAUCAGGCCAUCAUGGCGGAACGCCUGUUGAAUUCCAUUCUACCGAGCCACACGUAUUCCGUAAUCUCCGGCGGCGAUCCCCUUGUCAUACCUAAUCUGCAGUACGUCGAUCUCCUCAACUUCCACAUGAAGUACUAUCAUCCCUCGAAUUCGCGCUUCUAUUCCUAUGGAAAUUUCCCGCUGGAGGAUCAUCUGAAGUUCAUCAACGAUCGGUACCUCUUCUUAUCCGACAGGAUAGACGCCUCCAUGUCGGAAGUGCCGGCCGAAAAACGAUGGAGCGAGGCGAGAAAGGAGCACGUCGCGUGCAAGCCCGACCCGCUGCUCGCGGAUUCCAGCAGGCACGGCACCAUCGCCAUCGCGCACUUGUGCAACGACAUAACCGACAUACAGACGACUUACGAGAUGUACGUGCUGUCGCAGCUGUUGCUGAAAGGCCCGAAUUCGGCGUUUUACAAAUCUCUAGUCGAAUCUAACAUAAGUACCGGCUUCGGGCCGUUCACGGGUUUCGACUCGCAGUGCAGAGACACGAUGUUCGUCGUGAGUCUGCAGGGUGUGAAGCCGGAGGAUUUCGAGAAGGUCGAGAGAAUCUUCAACGAGACCGUGCAGAAGGUUAUCGAGGAAGGAUUCGAGAGGGAUCACGUCGAAGCUGUCCUGCACGGCAUCGAGCUCCAGGUGAAGCAUCAAACGUCGAACUUCGGGUUGAAUUUGCUCUUCAAUCUGACGUCAUUGUGGAAUCACAACGGCAACCUGAUACAAUCGUUGCGAAUCAACGACGCGAUGAAGAAACUCGCGUCGCGAAUGAAGGAAGAUCCCAAGUACCUGCAAAGUCUGGUCGAGACUUAUCUCAGGGACAACAGUCAUAGAUUGACGUUAACGAUGUCGCCCGACGAGAAGUACGAGAGGAACAAAGCGCUCGCCGAGCAAGAGCUGCUGACGGCGAAGUUGGGGGAACUUUCCGCGGAGGAGAAGGAACUGGUGUACCAAAACGGGAAGCUCUUGCUCGCCGAGCAGCAGAAGAAGGAGGACGUCGGAAUCUUACCGACGUUGAAGAUAGAAGACUUGAAGGCCGACGUGGAGAGGUACAAGACCUCCGACACGGAGGUGUCCGGAGUGCCUCUUCAGCUGUCCGUGCAACCGACGAACGGCAUUUCCUAUUACCGUGGAAUACUCAACACGCAGGCGCUGUCGACCGAGCUGAAGCAGCUGAUACCGCUGUUCAACUACGUAGUCGCGAAGAUGGGCACGCAGAAUUACGACUACAGGAGUUUCGAUCAGAUGAUGCAGCUGAAGACUGGCGGCCUGCACUUCAUGAAUCACAUCGCCGAGCACAAGGAGAGCGAGUUGAAAUACGAGGAGGGUAUUCUCGUAGACUCGUACUGCCUGGAUCGCAAUUCGAACGACAUGUGGAAGCUGUGGACGGAGCUGUUCAACAACGUUAAGCUUACCGACCUUCAGAGAUUCGAGACGCUCGUGAAGAUGAACGCGGCCGACUUGAUCAACGGUAUCUCGCACGCCGGUCACAUGUACGCGAUGAGCAGCGCCGCUAGCCUGGUCUCGCCGAUAGCCCGGGUCAAGGAGAGCCUCUCGGGUUUGCAGUACAUCGCGAGGAUGAAGAAAGUCGCGCAGAUACGCGACUUGACUCCCCUGAUGCAGAACAUGCAGGAGAUAGCCGAUCACGUCCUGAACAAGAAACACCUGCGGUCGGCCAUUAACUUGUCCGAGGAACACCAGGAUGACGUACUCAGCGGUAUUCACGCGUUCUACGAUUCGCUGAAGGGUCGCGCGGAGAAUUCACACGUCAUCACCAGCGACCGGAGCAUCGACACGAAGGAAACCGGCAACCACUACGUGCUGCCGUACGCGGUGAACUAUUGCUCCAAGGCCAUUCUGACCGUUCCUUAUACGAAUCCGGAUUACGCGGCGUUACGCGUUCUGUCCAAGUUGAUCACCUCGGUGUAUCUGCAUCCGUUGAUUCGAGAGAAAGGCGGAGCUUACGGCGGAGGCGCGAAACUGACGUCGGAGGGAGUCUUCUCGUUUUACUCCUACAGAGACCCGAAUUCCACUCGCACCUACGAUCUGUUCGACAAGACGUAUGAUUUUCUAACCGAAUACCCGUUGCCGCAAAGCGACAUAGACGAGGCGAAGCUGGGAAUCUUCCAACAAAUCGACGCUCCCAUUCCUCCCAGUAAUCGGGGCCUGACGAGAUUCAUACACGGCAUCACGGACGACGAUCUUCAAAAGCAAAGGGAGCAGCUGAAAGCCGUGACUAAGGAACAGCUGUUACACGUGGCAGAAAAGUAUCUAAAACCCGAUCAAAGUGAUGUCAGCGUCGGCCGUUCGCUUAUUGGACCUACAAAUGCAGAUAUUUCAAACAGGCACAAAGAAAAUUGGCUGGUGCUAAAUCAGGAAGAACAGACCGAGCACGAGCCACUGACUAGAUAUAAAUAGACGUCAGAAUAUUAUUUUUAUUGUUUCCUUAAUGAAAAGAGUUUUGUUUCAUGUUAAACUCUGCAAAUGUGUCGAUACUGUUGUUAAACGUUUCAAGGACAUAUAAGUAUUAAAAAAUUGAGAAAAUAGCGUACGCGUUACUUAAUACAUAAUGUUAAAUAUUGUAAUUUAUGCUAUUUUUAUAUAUUAAAUAUAUCCCAGUUAAGGGAUAAAAAAAAUAAA